AUGGAUGUCACAUUAAUUGCAACAGGUUCUAUAAUUGGUGUUAUGGGAAUUGUUUUUGUUGCGAACGGAUUUGGUGAGGAAAAAUCUAAACCAAAAAAGAAAGACCUCGAGAAUCAAGAUGAUAAUUCUGUAAAUGAUACAGCUUUAGAUAAUUUAAAAGUUGGAGAGUCAAAAUCUAAAGAUCAGUAUAAUGAGAAUGAAGAAGAGGAGCAUUUAUUGGAUUUAAACUCAGCAGAAGCUCAACCUCAACCUCAAUCUCCACAAUCUAAAUCUGCUUAUGAGGACAUUCCAUCAGACUAUAGAGUUAAGAACAAACAACAGCUUGCUGCUGGAAUUGCAAUGGUUUCAACUGGUACAUUCCUAUUAGGUAGAGGUUUACCAUAA